CCGCGGGUCUGAGACCCGGAAAACCUGCGCUCGCCAUGAAGCGGCCCAGGGAGCCGAGUGGCUCCGACAGCGAGUCCGACGGACCCAUCGACGUGGGCCGCGAGGGCGAGCUAAGACGGUGAGCACCUCGGUGCCAGGGACUGGCUGAAGGUUCUGGGCCACUCAGCACCAGCCCUGGGUCUCUGAAAGCCUCCGCCAAAUGAUUUAUACCUCAAUGCAACCCAGCGAGUCCUCUCUUUUGCACAUCUAAGAGGGCCUCUGAAGCGGGAAACCAUUAGGAAGCCAGAUGGCCAGGCCGUUGUCCACCCCCAGCCCUUCGCAGAUGCAAGCCAGAAAGAAACGGAGAGGGAUCAUUGAGAAACGGCGCCGAGACCGCAUCAACAGCAGCCUUUCUGAACUGCGGCGUUUAGUCCCCACUGCCUUUGAGAAGCAGGGCUCCUCCAAGCUGGAGAAAGCUGAGGUCCUGCAGAUGACAGUGGAUCACUUGAAAAUGCUCCAUGCCACUGGUGGGACAGGAUUCUUUGAUGCCCGAGCGCUGGCAGUUGACUUCCGGAGCAUUGGUUUUCGGGAGUGCCUCACUGAGGUCAUCAGGUACCUGGGGGUCCUGGAAGGGCCCAGCAGCCGGGCAGACCCUGUCCGGAUUCGCCUUCUCUCCCACCUCAACAGCUAUGCAGCCGAGAUGGAGCCUUUGCCCACGCCCACUGGCCCCCUGGCCUUCCCUGCCUGGCCCUGGUCCUUCUUCCACAACUGUCCAGGGCUGCUGGCCCCGAGCAGCCAACUUGCCAUCCUGGGAAGAGUGCCCGGCCACGUCCUCCCCAGUACCUCCUCUCCCACGUACCCCAUCCCAGCCUUCCGAAUCGCUCCCUUACGCCGAGCCACUGGCACCAUCCUGCCAGCCCGCAGGAGUUUCCUGCCCGGUCGAGGAGCAUCUUCCACACGGAGGGCCCGGCCCCUGGAGAGGCCAGCUGCCCCCGUGUCUGUGGUCCCCGGUGGCAGGGCUGCCAGGAGCAGCCACCCGGCACCCCUCCUGCGGUCUUCUCCCUCCCCAACAACCCCUGCCGCCAUGGGGACCACUGCCUACGCAACUGUCCCUGUCCCCAGCCCCUCUUCCCCGGGGCCAGCUCGGCUGUCUGCAGGAGCCAUGCUCUGUCCCUCCUGGGUCUCGGAGAUCGCUGAAAUUGGGGCUUUCUGAUCUGGCUCCCCGCCAGGAGUGAGGAAGAUUCUUUACCCAGGAACUCUAGAAACGGCGCUGCCUUUUCUGCUUUGCAUCCUGUAUUGGCUCAUGUGCAGAGGUAUCUUCUUCACCCAUCAGAGAUCCCUCCUCCUUUGGCCCAUCUCUCCUCCUCACUGCUCGUCCCGGCUUGUCCACCCCGUUCUCCUGGGGCUGAUCUGAGCUCAGAGACUUGGUCCCAUUCCUCACCUGGACAGAUGAGCCCUGGGAGAACAGCUAUGAGUGCACCCCAACCCCCUUUCCUGCCCCACCCAGAACACGUGGUCUGGGAUGGAAGCUUGAAUUCAAAGGGCCCAGUAGCCUGAGGCCUCUGUGGGGAGGUCAGACCCAGCCAGGAUUUAUGACUGACAGCUGCAGCUUUCCCAGGCCACAGGGUCAAACACAGCGUCUGCCUCGCUUCUAUAGGACAGGAACUCAGCAGGGACCACAAGGGGCUCUUCUGGGAACCCUGUCGGCCCUUGCCCACCAGUCUUCAGCCCAUCCCACAGCAGAGAACCACAGGACAGACUCAUUCUCUGCCACGGCCAAAGCCUGGUGAUUUGGGACCCAGCAGAGCCUGCUUCUGCCCUCCUCCCUAGUGACAGACACCCACGCUCCAGCAUACUAACCAUCCCCUGCACGCAGCUGGCCUGAUAAGCCCAGCCGGGAGGUUUCCAGGCCUCAGCCAGGCUCCCCGACGGGGUGUCUUUGCCACCAGGCCUCGGACUGCGCCCCAACCAGGACCCAGCACUGAACCACUGAGACCCAGCUCCCCGCCUUUACCAUAGGCACCAUCCUCAAGCCGUGUGGUCUCCCAUCGGCUGCACAACGUGGAGGGGCCCAGAGAGGAAUCCUCUUGGGAGCCGGCACCAGAUGCUCGUGCUGCCUGGUUUGCAUCCGGCUCACAGAGCCCAGACUGCUGAAACGGCCAAGGACUGUCAGGCUGGAUAUAAAUAACUGUGAGGAGGGACGAGAGGAAGGACGGUCAGCGGCAGCCAGGUCAUCCAAGGUCACACUAUGGGUUGAGGGCCUGAGAUCCUGUUCUGCCAGGAUUCACACAGCUAGCUCUGCUCAGAGGCCCUUUCAUUACCCAGCUCCAAUCCAAGCUGCUUCUCUAACCCUGCGGAACAGCAGAGAUGGACAAGGUCGGGGCAGACCUGGGACUGACAUUCAGCUGGACCAGUGUUGCCAUGCCAGUUGUUAAAAUAUAGACACCUCUGUGCUUCCCCUGAGUCCCUCCUCCCCUCCAACCUGGCUCUUCCCCUGGAGUCCCACUGUCUGAUUGGUGCCUGGCAGACCUGAGGCAGUGGGGUUCACCAGCUGCCAAUUCCUUGGUGACCAUUUCGCACCAGUUAUUAAAUACUCCAGUGUCACCCCUGGGAAGAUCCUCCACACCACUCUCUCCAGUGGCUGAAUUGAGGGGACUUGGAGUUUACAAAAACCCUGGGGUAGGGGUGGGGGAGGGGCCCUUUUGGAGAAAUGGGUAAGAUGGCAGAGAUCAUUGGAGUGACCCAGAAAAGCUCUUUUGAAAAGGCAAAUUCCUUAAGGAGGGAUAAAGAGCUAAAGUAAUUGUUUCACUCCUUGGUGUGAGUUAGUUGGAUCAGAUUGCUUUUGUCCUGGUCCCCUAUGAGAUGUGUGACAGUGAGGAGAGCAGGGUGGGGUCAUUUCAGAGAGUGGGUUACUGGCAGGGAGUAUUCCUGAGGGAGAUGGCAAGAGAGGGAGUGUAGGGCAGUCACACAGGCUCCCAGGAGUUGGGAGAGGGACAGAAGGAGCUGGGCCAGAAGGCAAAGACCAGUCUCGCUGUUCUCACAAAGGGAUGCUCUCAGAAGAUGGAAUGGUACGUCUUCCUCCCCUCCCCUGCCUCCCUGUGCAGUGGCCCACUGCUCCCAGGAUACCAGGCCAGCACUGCAGUCCUGCUGACUAGCAACUUCCUAGCCUGAGAAUCCAGUGUUCACUCACAGUGGGGCCAUGAGAAACACAUUUCAAGUACCCAACCCCAGAAGAAUUUGUUGACACCAUUCACUGGGGCGGAUAUGGCCCAGAACUUUCAGCGUCUUAGUUGAUUUUGGACCUGUUCUCCCCCAGAAAUUGUGGGAAUGGGGAAAGGCAGCUGUGAAUGUGUUUCUGUGGUUGGGGAUUUGCAUCUUUUGUUUAUAUUCCCAAGACUUCCUGGUGCACCCCCACUCCCACCCCAUUAUUGUUGCAAACAUCCAAUAAAGUUGUUUGUUUUUUUAAAAAUUUC